UUAAGAGCUCCUCCGUUAAUGUCGUCUCUGUCAUCUCUACUUCCCAAAACAUUCAUACCCUUUCGCUCCUUCCGUUUAUAUUCACUGACCCGUCCAAGAAGCUCCGUCGCUGCUCGAACCAUGAGCUCUGAUUCUAGUCAACGCGUAUUCCAGCUCAGACAAGACCCACUCACCGGAAAUUCCGAGUGGGUUGUCAUCGAAGACAAUGGCCAUCUCGGAACUUACACGGACGGCCUCCUCGCCACGACUUCGUAUCUCGACAUGCUUAAUGAUACUCGCCGCAACAGAGCUUAUCGUCUCGCUAUCGAGAAAACCAUUACUGAGCCUUGCCACGUCCUUGACAUUGGUGCUGGAACUGGGUUGCUAUCGAUGAUGGCUGCGAGAGCAAUGGGAGAGUCUGGUGAUUCAAAAGGAAUGGUGACGGCGUGUGAGUCCUACUUGCCCAUGGUUAAGCUUAUGAGGAAGGUUUUGCAUAAGAAUGGGAUGACGAAGAACAUUAACCUUAUCAACAAACGAUCCGAUGAGCUCAAAGUUGGAUCAGACAUUGCUUCACGAGCUGACGUUCUUGUAAGUGAAAUAUUGGACUCUGAGUUACUUGGUGAAGGUCUAAUCCCAAGUUUACAACAUGCUCAUGACAUGUUGCUUGUUGAAAAUCCAAAAACUGUGCCAUACCGAGCUACUACUUAUUGCCAGCUUGUUGAAAGCGAGUUCUUAUGUAGCAUGCACAAUCUAAAAAAUAACGAGGCUAAUACAUCCGAUGGUGUUCGUCUAGUUCCUCCUGGCUUAGAGAGUCUAUUUGGUAUCAAGUCACAACAGUAUAGCAUGUAUGUCGAUGCUAUUGAGAAAGAAAUCAAACUGUUGUCAGACCCCGUCAAAAUAUUUGAAUUUGACUUUUGGAAACGGCCAGAAAGUAGUGGAGAGCUUGAUGUGCACAUAGAAGCAACAACCGCGGGUAGUGUUCAUGCUAUAAUUUCAUGGUGGGUGCUGCAGCUUGACUGUGAAGGAACAAUCUUCUACUCUACUGCUCCGAGAUGGAUAGAUUCAAGUCCUGAUAUAGGCGUCAGGGAAUGGUGUGACCAUUGGAAACAGUGUGUUUGGUUUACUCCAGGAGCAGGUGUGUCCUUAUCCAAAGGAGAAAAAGUUGAUUUGCAUGCUGCUCAUACUUGUACUAACAUCUUGUACAAUCUGAAGAAGACUCAAAGCUUGACACAUGAGAUGCCACACUCUCCUUUGAGUACUGGUGAUCUACACCUCACAUUACCACCCGAAAGAGUCGCAAUAUAUGGUGACUGUAGAUACAGGCAACCCAUGUUUGAGGCCACUAGAAACGCUUUACAGGGAAAGUCCAAUCCACAAUGUCUCGUAAUUGAUGAUAGUAUUCUUUUACCACUUAUGGCUCUACAUACCUCCAACAACUCACGGGUAAUAUCACUGUCACCUGGGCUGCAAGAGAAUGCUGCCAGAUACUUUGAAGCCAUUGCGGGUUCAAAUGGUUUUUCAAAAGAUCGUUUUGAAUAUUUCAGAGAUGGGAAGUCAAAGUUGGUCGAAGCUUAUCCGAGCAAGAUUGAUCUGCUGAUUGGAGAGCCAUAUUUCUACGGACAUGAAAGUGUGCUUCCGUGGCAGAACCUUAGAUUCUGGAAGGACAGAACUCUAGUUGAUUCUGUCCUGUCAGAAGAUGCAGUAAUAAUGCCGUAUAAAGGAGUUUUGAGAGGUUGUGCUAUGUAUCUUCCUGAUCUUUGGAAGAGCCGCUGUUGCCUUGGCAGUGUAGAAGGGUUUGACCAUGCUCUGGUGAAUACAACCUUAGGGGGGUGUGGUGAUCGUCCUUCUGAAAAAGACUGUCCUUGUUUGCCCUUUUUUAUCUGGCAAUGUGGAGAGACAAAGAAACUUAGCAAGGAAUUUACAGUCAUGGAGUUUGACUUCACCAAGCCCAUCACAGGUCCAUGUUCUGGGGAAGUUCAGAUCGAGUUUAUAGAACCUGGUAUAUGCCAUGGAAUCGUAUUGUGGAUGGAUUGGGUGAUGGAUGAAGAAAACUCAACCGUGAUCUCAACAGGACCAGAUGAAAGGUAUUGGAAGCAAGGAGUGAAGUUAUUAGGGAAGCCAGUCACAGUGGGAAUGAAAGGUCCAUCCUCAUCCAUAGGAAUCCAAGCUUCCUUAGAUUUGUCUUCAAAUAGCGAGCUCAUCAUCACUCAUACUAUUUCUUGACUCUUUUUUUGUUUGUCAAGACCAUUUUCAAUUUAUAUGUCUUAAUUGGGCACCUCCAAUCGUGUUGGAGUCUUUUUUUUGGGCCUAAUUCAAUGGUUAGAAAGUAGAAACUUCAGUAAAUUUGAUUUUGUGAUGUGCAAGUAGAUCCUUCUUCAUUGA